GGCGAUCCACAGGGCAGGCGCCACAACCAAGAAGGCCCUCUGUCUGGUUCCCUGUAGCCUCACUUCUCGCAAUGAGGGAACCACGAGAAGGCCCUCGGCGCUGGAUCUCAGUGUCUGGGCUGAACGAUGGGGGUGGAGAUGCUCCUUCAGGUAUACAGGACCAAGGCCAUUUAGCA